AUGCUGCUCUUGGAGGGGCAGUCGCAGGAGCUCUUUGGCGAGGCGAUUGACGCCCUCAAGUCUAGCCGUGGCAGCGCCCCGCGAAACGCACUGGAUACGCUGAGGGUGUUUUUGUCCUGUGCCCUGACGAAGCGAUAUGCCCACCCGAGCUCGGCGAUAAUAUCACUGCUGGCCGGCUUGGACCGCAUCGACCCCGUCUUUACAGAUUUCGUCAGCACUCUAGAUACGGCAAUCAGGACCGGAGAGGACUUGGAACAACGACACAAGGCAAUCGGUGUAUUGCUAGCUAUUACUGCCGGCGCAUACCAAACGACGUUGCUUACCUACAUGAUACAAAGGGACUUAUUCCCUGCUGUCAUCAAGUUCAUCCAAGAUGCCGAGUCACCAGCCAUGGUGCUAGAGCCUCUCAUCCUGCUAAGUCUCCUAGCCAACUAUAACAAAUUCGAAUUCCAGAAUCCAUAUCAGCUGCGAUUAAACGACUUCAUCAACGAAGGGGCCAUGACCACCAUUGUCGAUUGCAUCGGGAUGGCGUGCCAGGUGAUUCGCACCGACUACGUUAACGUUCAGGACGAUCUACCCGAGGGCUGGACGUUCACCAAUGCGCUCGGGAUGCUGGGCCUUGGUGCUAUAGCUCCAGGCGCCAAGCAAGAGAAGAAGCCAGUCUACGACGCCGAGACGGCGAAACAAAUGUUUACAAAACUUCCAAAAGAGCGGGCAGCGAUGCUGCUAGCCGCCUACGACUUUAGUCAUGCCAAUAAGCUGUUCUGCACCAGCUUCGUCACCGCCACUGGCGAAAAAGGAGCCGAGCGACCAAUGGCAGCGUACUUGUCCCUCACAUCCUACCUUCUUCAGCAUGCGCACCUGUCGCAUCGCUCAACAUACUACGCGCACCUAAACCUCAUGGUGUUCCGGCUUCUCAUAGAAGACCAGUCCAUCUGCAAAAUUCUGUGCAGCGACGAGUCGAAGAUGAGCGUCCGCCUCUGCCGCCACCGGCCGCCGUUCCUGCCUCUCGUCAAAGGCGAGCGAGUAUUGGCAUGCUCGCUUCUCGACGCCAUGAUUGACGGCAUCAACCAUAAUCUCAGAAAGAGACUCGACGUGUCGCUGUACACCCUCUGCUUGGGCAUACUGCUUCGCGUCAUCUCAUACGUGUCGCGCUCGCGGACACGACUGCACUACCACUGGGCCGAGUUCUUCAGAUCCUUGCUCUCGCUGCUGCGCUUCCUCACGACCUACACGUCAGACCUGAAGGACCUGUCGCACAUGGACACCCUCGUCGACCACGUCGUCAACCUGCUCGCGCUGUCUCUCUCCGCCGGCGAGGCCUUCCUGCCGACGCCGGCCGCGUACGAUGACCUCUUCUACAAGAUCGUAGAGAGCGGCGAGGUCCUGACCAAGUUCAAGGACAACUACGGGCUGGGCCGGCGGGCCGGCGGCAGCUCGAUCGACACGCUGAUCAGCGUCAGCGCGCACUACAAGCAGCUGCUGCUGGCCGAGGGGGGCGGGAAGAAGAAGGCGAAGCCCAGCAGCCUGACGACGACGCAGGUGACGGACGUGAUCAAGCAGGGCUACGAGACGCUGAGCAUCCAGGCCAAGGAGGGGCUCGACUCGUGGGAUAGAUAUAGGGAGGCUGACGAUCGCAUCCUACUCAAGAACAUGACGCGAACGGCGGUCGCGGAUGUUCGCGAGCUGGUGGAGCGCGAGUAA